UUAUCUGAUUAUCUCUUUCUAAAUCGAAGAAUACACCAAACAGUCAACACACGCAAACAUGGCUUCAACCAGCACAGGCAACAAUGGAGGACACUCCAAAAUCAAAACCGUUGUCGUUUUGGUUCAGGAGAACCGCUCCUUCGACCACAUCCUUGGUUGGAUGAAGUCCCUCAACCCGGAGAUCGAUGGCGUGACCGGUUCCGAAUCAAAUCCGAUGUCUACCGCCGACCCAAACUCAAACCGAAUUCAAUUUGGAGACCGGUCCGCCAACACUGAUCCAGACCCGGGACACGCCGUCCAGGAUAUCUACGAGCAAAUCUUUGGAGAGCCAUGGAGUGAGUCUUCGGCGGCGAAUAAGUUGCCGCCGACAAUGCAAGGCUUCGUCCAAAAUGCGGUGAGGCAGCCGCCAAAGAACGGCGACGAGGAGCUGCCCCCGAGGACGGAGGCGGUUAUGAAUGGGUUCAGACCAGACCGGGUUCCGGUCUAUGCAGAGUUGGUUAAGGAGUUUGCGGUUUGCGACAGUUGGUUUGCGUCAGUUCCCGCGGCGACGCAACCGAACAGGCUGUACGUACACUCUGCGACGUCGUAUGGAAUGACAAACAACGACACUGGGAAGUUAGUUGGAGGGCUGCCGCAGAAAACGAUAUUUGAUUCGUUGGAUGAGAAUGGAUUCAGUUUUGGGAUUUAUUAUCAGACACUACCCAUCACGCUUUUCUACAGGAAUCUUAGGAAACUAAAAUACAUAGACAACUUCCACCCAUUUGAUUCAUUCAAGAAGCACUGCGAAGAAGGGAAGUUACAAAACUACGUUGUUAUUGAACCAAGAUAUUUUGAUCUUUUAUCCAAUCCAGCGAACGAUGAUCACCCACCCCAUGAUGUGGGAGAGGGACAGAAAUUGGUGAAGGAGGUGUAUGAAGCACUGAGGAGUAGCCCUCAGUGGAAGGAGAUUCUGUUUGUGAUCACAUACGAUGAACAUGGAGGUUUCUAUGAUCAUGUUCCAACUCCUGUUGAAGGAGUUCCUAGCCCUGAUGACAUUGUUGGUCCUGAUCCAUUCAAGUUCAAGUUUGAUAGGCUUGGUGUUAGGGUUCCUGCCAUCAUUAUUUCUCCAUGGAUUGAGCCUGGCACAGUGUUACGCAAUCCUUUGGGACCAUUCCCUACAUCACAGUAUGAACAUUCUUCAAUAGCAGCAACUGUUAAGAAGAUAUACAAGCUACCUCAAUUUCUCACUAAACGUGAUGCAUGGGCUGCAACUUUUGAUUCUCUUUUAACCCUAUCUACACCCCGAGCAGAUUGUCCAGAGAAAUUGCCUGAACCGGCGAAAUUAAGAGAAAUUUGUGUUCAAGAACAAGCGAAGCUGAGCGAAUUUCAGGAAGAAUUGGUACAAAUGGCAGCAACUUUAAAUGGAGAUCACAAAAAAAGCAUCUACCCUAACAAGUUAGUUGAGAACAUGACUGUUUUGGACGCAAUUAAAUAUAUUGAAGAUGCAUUCAAUACCUUCUUAGAUGAGUGUAACAAAGCAAAGCAAAGUGGAGUUGAUGGAUCUCAAAUUGUUGAUUGUGCUGAUAAGAAUAAAUCAACACCACCAAAUUCCAAGAAUUUCUUUCAGAAGUUGUUGUCUUGUAUAGUUUGUGAUCCAUAGCAGUGGCGGAACCAGAAAUUUCAUAA